UCAGAAUCUCAAAGCAAAACUGGCUCGAAAUGGAGCCUGUUUCACAAAAUGAUGUCAAUGGUUAAAAUCAGCAAUCGGCUGAAAAUUCAAUCUCAGAAGGAGAUUCACCGGCAAUCAAAUGGACAACUGCAUGUCUCAACACAACUUGUCCCACUUCUCAAGAAGUCCUUAAUAAAAUACAUAUGUGUAUUCCCGCCAUACUUUUAGAUCUACAUUCUGGCGCCAUUUUUGAUGAUGUGGUUGUGACACUUGCAUCCAAACACGAAAUGACAAAGACAUUACAGAGACUUUUUGAAUUGACUGGUAAGUAUAUGGAAGGUAUUUUCAGAAGGCAACUUCAAAUGCUGGU